GAGGCCUCCGUCCGUCAUCUCAUUGCCGCCCACAAGCUGCAGAUAUACUGAGAGAAUCGGAGGCAGAGAUCCUGCUUCUCGAAGAAAUCAGAAAUGGCGGUCUCCACACUCUCCCUCGUAACGCCGAUGCCUCACGCUAUCCAAAUUUCUACUCCCAAACCCAGAAUUACUCCCUGUUCUUCUUCCGUUUCUCGUUGCCGUUGCUCUCUGAAUUCUUCUCCUCCUAUCAAUCUGAAGAAGGUAUUCAAUCUGGGCCUUGGCCUAUUGGCCGCUUCGGUGGUGGGUUUCUCUCCGUUGGACGCCAAUGCCACCAGAAUCGAGUACUACGCCACGGUUGCCGAACCGUCCUGCGAGCUUGAGUUUGCUCGCUCUGGCCUUGGUUACUGCGACGUCGCUGUUGGCUCCGGCGAGGUCGCUCCUCUCGGCGAGCUUAUCAAUGUUCACUACACUGCAAGGUUUGCUGAUGGGACAGUUUUCGACAGCAGCUAUAAACGAGCCAGACCUCUCACUAUGCGCAUUGGCCUUGGCAAAGUGAUCAAGGGAUUGGAUCAAGGAAUCUUAGGAGGUGAAGGCGUACCACCAAUGCUAGUUGGUGGAAGACGUAAGCUUCAAAUUCCACCACAGUUAGCUUAUGGGCCUGAACCUGCUGGUUGCUUUUCAGGUGAUUGCAAUAUACCUGCAAAUGCCACUCUUGUCUAUGAUAUCAACUUUGUUGACAUCUACAAGGGUAACAGGAAGUGAUGUCUAAAAGGGUAACAGGAAGUGAUGGAGGACCAAUUCCUAUGAUAGCAGAUACAUGAUAAAUCAGUGGAAAUGCUUCCAAGUUUAGAGCGAUAAUAGUACAGAACAGCUCCAAUAUAAAUCAUAAGGUAAGCAAGAAUCUCGUGGCUGACAGCAUUCAACUUUAUAAGAAGAAUGAAAAGUUUCUCUCACUUAUCGACUCAGCUUGACCAAGAAGUCAUGGGCAGUUUGCAGCUCAAUAACAGCCUGCUUGAUUAAAUUUGUCAUAUUUGGGAAUUUUGCACUUAGCUCACAUUAAUGUACUCAUCAUCUUUUAUGUUUGUAAUUCUGGACCCUCCUUGGGAAAUUGAAGAUAUAGCUAUUUCUUUCUUUUUCUU